GUAGUAUAUAAGCAGCUGACACAUGGUAUUGAGAGCAGUAAUAAAUUUAUCUUCAAACCUUAAACAUCUACUUUAUUUACCUAGUCCCGUCCUUACAUGGCGACCCUGCCAUUUAAGGUUCGGUUUCGGGUUCUAACGAAGUGCAGUAUAACAAUAUAAUGUCGCUCUGUGUAAUAUUGGACAUUCGUGUAUUUAAUUGUUCGAACGUUAGUAGCGUCAUAAUACAAAAUGGGCAAAGAACAAAGUAAAGAACAAAUUGUGGUUGCACAAAAUGCCGCAGGAGGCGUGAAUUCGGCCGACGUGGAACUAAUACACCAAAAUCAGAAAGUGACAAAUAUAAUUUUGGGUAUUUUUCUUUUACUUUUAAUUUUGGGGGCAAAGUUUGCCAUAUAUAAAUUAUAUAAACGCUGCCACAUAAACUGGAUGCGUCAGGAGAUGGCCAGGAGCGCUUUCAGACGUUCGAGGCGGGGACCAGAGACUGGAGAAAUAAAUCAGGAACGUGUUGUUUAGCCUGGAGACGCAUCAAUGGAUGCUUAUAAAAAAAAAUAGGAGUGUAAAAGUGUGAAAAAUAUAUAAAAGGAGAAGUGAAAUAGUGUCAUCAGCAAAGGUGUUAUGGUAUUAUAGACAAUAGAUAUAUUCAUAUUUUAUCAUUAUUUUUAAGUGUAUAUUUUUAAGCCGUUUCUUAAGAUUUAAAUGGAUCAUAUAUUAGAUAUAAAACAUCAAAUUGAAAAUAUAAAAAUAAAUUUAAUUAAACUAAGUAAAGGGAAAAGAACUAAAAAGUUGUUAGAACAGAAAUAUUUAGAGGCAAAAAGUUUAUAUGACGAAUAUAUAAAAUAUCGUGACGAGUUAAACUUUAAUGCAUCUAAAGGGUAUAUAAAAAAGGAAGAGAUAAAUUACUUAUUAGUUGCUUGCGAAGAAAUUGAAUCGCUUUAUCAAAAAAUUCAAACAACUUGUUUAGUUAGUGACCAAGAUUUUAGCACCAUGACUGACUUUGACAUGAAAACUGCUACUUCUCUUCUACCUAUUAUGACAGGAGAUGAAGAAGUUACUAAAAAAUUAAUAGAUUGUAUCGAAUUCUAUAGCCAAACCAUUAGGAAAGAACAUGAACAGUUACUUAUUUCUUUUGUCCUUAAAACUCGUUUAACUAAAAAUGCCAAAUUACGUUUGUUAUCUAACUAUGAAUCUUCCACAGAACUUAUUGCCGACAUGAAAAAUAAUCUGUUGACUAAGCAGUCAGCCACGGCACUACAAAUAGAAAUGUUAAAAUCUAGACAAGGUUCGCAGAGUAUUGAGGAAUUUGGUAAGAAACUUGAGGAUUUAUUUGUUGAAUUGACUAUUUCCCAAGCUAACGGUGACGAUAACGCGUUUAAAAUAUUGAGACCCGUAAACGAAAAAUUAGCAAUACAGCGAUUCACCGAAGGUUUGAGGAACAGUCGAUUAAGCACUAUUUUAGCGGCCCGCAACUACUCAGAGCUGAAAGAUGUUAUAAGAGCAGCCAAAGACGAGGAACUGUCGCGUCAAGGCUCUUUUACAUCAGCUGAAACGAUUUUCACGACUCAACAUCGAGGUAAGUACCAACCAUCUUAUAGGGGGCAUAGUAGAGGUCGAGUAUUAAACAACGCACGCCAACAUUACACGCCAAAUAGUUCAUUUAGGCCGAUGCCGAAUCAAACAUCUAGUUUAUACCACCGAGGAAACAAUAGAGGAUCCACAAGUAAUUCUCGAGGACGCGGACAUAAUUUUGAACGUGCAGUAUCGCGAGGUAGAAAUAAUAACGGAAGAAAACAGCAUGGGUAUCUUAUGAAUCAAUCCCAAAACGAUAUACAGGUUACUACUUCGGAAAAUAACCAAAACUUAGAGUUUUUUCGAUCCUAACUUUAUUCUAGCAUGCAAUACAUAUAAUAAUUUCGUAGAGUUUACAAUAUUAGGUACCAAAUAUAGAAUGCUAAUUGACACGGGCGCCUCGAUGUCAGUGAUUAAAUACGAUGUAAUAAGAGAUAGGAAUAUUCCAAUACAUCCAAAACGCGUAGCCGUAAAUGGUAUUGGUGGCACCUCGUACACCGAGGGCUAUGUUUACAUACCGUUUACCUUAUGUGGAAUAGAAUUCAAACAUAAGUUUUAUGUCUUAAAGAAUUUGCCUUGUAUUCAAGAUGGUUUAAUCGGACAAGAAUUUUUAACUAAUUAUAAUUGUGUAUUAAAUUACGAAAAUAAUACAUUUACUUUAAAUAGCUUCGACAAACCAAUUACGCUCUCCUUAGGUUUAGGAAAAUUAGGUUUAGGAAAAUU